AUGCCAUCCAGACUGAGGAAGACCUGGAAACUCACCGGCCACGUGAGCCACGUCCACGGCUGUAUCGACAAGCACCAGAAGCAUCCAGGAGGCCGGAGUAAUGCUGGUGGCAUGCAUCAUCACAGGAUCAGCUUCAACAAAUAUCAACCAGGUUACUUUGGGAAAGUUGGUAUGAGGCAUUACCACUUAAAGAGGAACCAGAGUUUCUGCCCACCUGUCAACCUUGAUAAAUUGUGGACCUUGGUCAGUGAACAGACACAGGUAAAUGCUGCUAAAAGCAAGACUGGAGCGGCUCCAAUCAUUGAUGUGGUGCAACCGGGCUACUACAAAAUUCUAGGGAAGGGAAAGCUCCCAAAGCAGCCUGUCAUCGUGAAGGCCAAAUUAUUCAGCAGAAGAGCUGAGGAGAAGAUUAAGAGUGUCGGGGGGGGGCCUGUAUCUUAG